UUUCUACAAGGCUCUUUUCCUCUAUCGGUCCAUUUCUGCUUGUUUUGAAUGAUCCAAGUGGUUUCACUCGAUUUAUUUUGAAAUUUGUUUGAUUUUACUUGAAGUUUGAUGAGGGAAAAACACCAAAUAUCAAAGAUUUGGAAACAUAAAUUUACUUCUGUAUUUUGGUUGCAAUGUCUUCAGAGCCACAAGCUGUGCCAACAUUGAAAUUCGUCCAAGUACUUAAGGGACACCGAGGAAGAGCAUGGAAUGUUUCCUGGCAUCCUCAAGGAAAUUUGCUGACUUCAUGUGGAGAAGAUAAAAUUAUACGUCUUUGGGGAACUGAGGGUGGUGCUGAAGGAAAGUGGGUUGAAAAGACUACAUUAACUGACGGGCAUGAGCGUACCAUUCGGGAGGUGUCAUGGUCACCAUGUGGUAAAUAUCUAGCUUCAUCUAGUUUUGAUGCCACAACUGCCAUUUGGGACAAGAAGUCUGGUGAAUAUGAGUGUAAUGCAACACUAGAGGGCCACGAAAAUGAGGUCAAGUCAGUGGCAUGGGCUAGGUCUGGUCAAGUACUUGCCACAUGCAGCAGGGACAAAACCGUCUGGGUGUGGGAAGUUGCUGAAGAGGAUGAAUAUGAAUGUGCUGCUGUCUUGAAUGCUCACACACAAGAUGUGAAGAAAGUUGUGUGGCAUCCAAAUGACGAGAUUUUGGCUUCUGCCUCUUAUGACAACACUAUUAAAAUGUUCCGUGAAGACCCAUCAGAUCAAGAGUGGACAUGCGUGGCAACACUUGCUUCACAUACAUCUACUGUCUGGAGCAUAGCAUUCAAUAAGACUGGAACUAGGUUAGCUUCAUGUAGUGACGAUGGGACCUUGAAGAUAUGGCAAGUUUAUCUUCCUGGCAAUCAAGAGGGUAUUUCCACUCCUGACGGUCAACCUGUGUGGAAAUGUGUGAGCACAAUUUCUGGAGUGCACACUCGCAGUGUUUAUGAUGUGGCUUGGUGCCAUCAAACUGGCCUAAUUGCCACAGCCUGCGGUGAUGAUAUUGUCAGGAUAUUUCAGGAAACUCUGGACUCUGACCCCAACCAGCCUACAUUUAACCUAGUAGCAUCCUCUGUAGCAUCCCAUGGCCAUACUCAAGAUGUAAAUAGUGUUGCAUGGCAUCCUACUGUACCUGGUCUAUUAGCAUCUGCUAGUGAUGAUGGAGAUAUCAGAUUAUGGCAAUUUCUUGAUAGUUCAUAAUGAACCAAUGAAACUACAGUAUCGGUCAUCGGUCCAAAUCCGAUAAGAAAGUCUGUUUUGUUAUUUAGUGAGAAAUGCUUGGGAAUAAUGGGUCAAAAAAUUUAAACGAAAAUGAACUUUCAAAA